UCUAGUGGAAACCCGAGGGGAGGUCUAGGAAGCGGGGCCAUUUUCAGGUUGGGUACCGAUGAUCAAUUUUGGGACUGGGACUUGUCUUUAAUGAACUAACCGUUAGACUACAGGUAGUCUUCACAUCCCGGCAGCUAGUUUAUCAAUUGAAUGAGAUAGAUGUAAUAGAAACGCAGCGAUAGACGCGCAGAGAAGACAUGACAUAAGGAAAACGUUGAAAGAUAGAGCUAGAAAUGAGGUGCUCUAGUCAACAACAAGGCGAGAUGGAGCGAUAUUCAAGUGACGUGAACCACCAGUGGCAAAGAGUCUAAAUUAUUAUUGGAGGGCUCAGUAUGCCUCUGGAACAGGAUUGUCUAAGUGGGCGAGAGCCACGUGCAUCCAGCAAGAAUGCCAAGGACAGGAGCAACACUGGCACCCUGCUGGCCUCAAGGAGUACUGCAGACACAGAGUCCAUCGGAAGAGGCUCUCGCUGCAGCUCUGAAAAAGAUUCUGGAUAUUCCGACAACAACAGCUGUACAGACUGGCUCCAUGUGGAUGGAGAGGACCAGGGCAGCAGCGUGAGUGAGCCCAGGGGAAGGGAGGGUCUUCAGGGCCAGGUCAAGCCCGAGCAGGCCCCUCUCCAGGGGAACCACAUCCUGGUCCCCAGCCCCAGAGGCCCUGACCGCACCCCCAUCCCCAUCAUCAAGAACGUGGUGUUCAAACAGUCUGUGGUGGUAAAGAAUGGCUCAGACCAUCACUUCCAGAACCAGCUGAACUGGGAGAACCGAGGAGGAAAUUCCAACGACUCUGGCCCCUGUCAUGUGAUCCUGGUCCAGCAGCCCAGUGAAGCCUCACCCUCACCCGCAUCCCCAAAGCCCCACAGAACCCAGGCCCGGAGAGCUGACAGCACAGCCAGGAAAACCAAAAGCAGAACCUACCUGCCCAUUCUUAAGUCCUACCCACGUAUCGCCCCCCAUCCCAGCAAGAAGCCCUCAGACAAGACCCCAGUGGACUCCCAUGGCAAGGGGACUGGCAGUGAGGACCAGAGCCAGAACAAGAGGGAUGAGGUGUCCACUACUACUCACUUACAGACGCCAUCCAGGCAACACAUCCGCAAGCAGCCAGACCCCAAGAGAACCUUAUCUCACUGGAGGAGCCCUGCCUCCUCCCACUCCCCCAGCCCCCGCUCUCCAUCUCCCUCUAGCCUUUCCAGCUUUGGCGCUCCCUCUUUGUCCAGCUCUGACACCUGCAACGCCUCCUCAUCCUCCUACUCCUCCUCCUACUCCUCUUCCGGUGGCUCCUCUCCCCUCCCGGCCAGCAGAUGGCCCCGCAGACACGGUCCAGGCCUGUCCCUGUUCAGUGCAGCACGCGACAGGUGCUUCCUGAACACGGUGGGCAUCCUAAGCCAGUCAGGCCUGCUUGACAUCACACUACGCACCCAGGACCUCCUCCGCCAGAGCAACGCCACAGACCAAGUCAUCGCCCAGCUCCGCCAGCACACCCAGCUGCUGUACCAGGCCGCCAACAACAACAACAACCCCAAUGCCAACACAGCCAGCGCGGGCUGGGAGAGGAUACACCAGGCUAUGGCUCAGUCAGGCUGCUACCCCAGCCUCAAGAACCUGGGGAGUGAAGAGGAUCACCACAGUUAUAGUCCAGAGCCAGGAGUGGGAGGGGACGCCAGUUUCAAGAGGGAUUCGGUUGGCUCUAAUAUCAACACUCAUACCCACAAUUGGGUGCAGGCUCCGCCCCCGGCCCUGCCCCUCCUAGCCCCCAUGUCAGAUCUGCUCCCACAGUACUGCCCUGUUUCCCUGUCACAGCAUUCUCCAGUCAGCGUCACCACAUCCCUCUCUCACUCUGGGCAGGCCAGUGCCAAACCCCCUGAGACAGUCACCAUCAUGCCCCCUGACAGUUCCACCCAUGGGGGUCUUCUCUAGCACCUGCCCAGGGAAAGGCACGUGGCCAGUUUGUAACCAUGUAACAAUAAAUUCAGUUCAUGCUCCAAUGAACCCAAAGUAUGUAGUCUGUAUAGUAACAUGUUUCCGACGGUUACCACAACUAGAGACAAUAAUAGCCUCCCAAACAAAGACAAUAAAGGUUGUUUUUGCCUCUUCUUCAAAGACUGCUUGAGGAAAUUCCUGGAGACGCUGAGGGGAAGAGGUUAAAGGUUUAAUGACGCGGGAGACAAUGUCAACACGGACAGCAGUACGCUACACUGUAUAUUGCUGCACAGCGUCUGAAUGCUACUCCGUGCCUGCCAUAAAAACUCUGCUUCAGCUUACCUUUUUGUAAGAUGAAUAUCAAGACAUGGGCAUUUUGAUAAACUUCACUCCGUAUAGAGAAAUUAUACUGACAGUGUACAUUAUUUUUGUAUUUGCCAUAUACACUGAGUGUAAAAAACAGACUGAC